CAUGCGCAUAGCGCACACAAAAUAUUUUUGGUGUUUACGAAAAUUUAAUUCAUUAAUUUUAAAUUAAAUUUACAUUAUCAUGUUGACCAAAAAUUUUUUGUGUAACUUUUAAAAUAGUAUGUUAAAUCUAAUUUUGCGGAAAGGCACCAGCCUUAAAACAAAUCACUUGUGGAACUAUGAAAUUAAACGACUAUCGGGGAAAAUUCCUUUAAAAACGGCAGUGAAAAAUGAAUAUGCUGAUGAUUUUUCCAAGGACUUACAAUCCAUUGCUGUACCUGUUAGUGCUAUACCAACAAUAGACUCCACUCAUAGGGCCGGUUUAUCUGCUGUUGUUACCCAGAAAAAAGUUGAUAGAACAAAUUUCCCUUGGAAUGUGACUCCGUCACAAGAUGGCAAAUUACUUAAAAAAUAUUUAAAACUGUCAAAAUCCAGAUUAACAACUUUAGUUGUUGUGACAUCAAUGGCUGGUUAUGCUAUGGCUCCGGCACCCUUCGAUUGGGGAACAUUUUUAAUGUGUUCUAUUGGAACUGGUUUAACUUCCGGUGCUGCAAAUGCAAUAAAUCAAUAUCACGAAGUACCAUUCGACUCCCAAAUGUCGAGAACAAAAAAUCGUGUAUUGGUUACUGGACAAUUAACACCAGCCCAUGCGAUAGGUUUUGCUUUGAUUUCCGCAAGCACAGGUUUAAGUAUACUAUAUCUGGGUUGCAACGGUAUCACUGCAGCUCUAGGAUUGGGGAAUUUAAUACUUUAUACAUCAAUAUACACGCCAAUGAAACGUUUCAGUAUUUUAAAUACCUGGGUUGGUUCUGUAGUGGGUGCUAUACCACCUUUAAUGGGUUGGGCAGCUUGCGCUGGAGGAUUAGAUGCUGGUGCAUGGAUUUUAGCGGGAUUAUUGUAUGCAUGGCAAUUUCCGCAUUUCAAUGCAUUAUCUUGGAAUUUAAGACCAGAUUAUUCAAGAGCUGGUUAUCGUAUGAUGGCUGUAACUAACCCAGCAUUAUGUCGACGUACUGCUUUAAGAUAUACAUUAGGAUUAGGUGCUUUAUCUUUAGCAGCGCCGUAUUUUGAUGUAACAAACACAUGGUUUGCUUUAGAAUCACUGCCUUUAAAUGCUUACUUUGCAUAUUUAGCUUGGAAAUUUUAUAAAAAAUCAGACAGUGGUACCUCACGAAAAUUAUUUAAAUUCUCUUUAUAUCACUUACCAAUCUUAAUGGUUCUAUUUUUAUUUAACAAAAAACAUUGGUUCCUUUUUGAAGAUACCAGUCUACCAUCAGUAGCUGCCCCAGGACUAAUAGCAGCAAUGGUUAAUCCAAUUUAUGACAUACAAAAAGCAAAAGCGAAAGAAAUUGCAAAUUAUUAUAUAUCUUCAGAUGCUGUCCCUACAAAUAGUCAAUCAUUUGUUACAGCAACUGCAGAAUUAAAUGGUGACAAAUUACAAAAUAAUUCUAUUUUAAAUCCAAAUUUGAAAGCGUCGUGAUAAUUUUUUAUCCUAAGAUAUAUUCUAAGUUUAGUUAAAUUGAGUCCAACAAAAAUAUUACACUUGCACAUAAUAUGUAAAGUGUUAUUGCAUUCAAAAUAAUUUAUGAAUUUUAGUUUGAAUUAAAUCUAAGUUAAAAUCUAUUUAUGAAAUUGUUAACUUUGAAUAUUCAGUGUUUUAAAAUCAUAAAUUGUAUUAUAAAUCCAAAUAUAUAUCAAUGUUUAUAUAUGUAAAGGUGUUGCAUAUAUUCGCUUAAGACUUGCAAUACAAGUGACUACAUAGAUAGCUAAAUCACUUAUUACUAUUCUAUGAAAUGGUGUAUGUACCUAAUUGAAGGCUCGCAAAAUUGUGUAAAUACAAGUGAUUAUUAUUAUUUAAGCAGUACUUGCAAUUAAAAAUAAUUUUUAAUGCAAAGAGAUGAAGUAUAUAAUAUGUAU